CAUGGCACCCUUGGUGAUGUUCACGAGGGGAGCUUCCCCCAGGGAACUACUGCACGCCAGCUACUCAUCAAGGUCCUGCCCUACUGAAGUCAGUAGGGACGUUACCAUCCACAUUAACUGAUGCAGGCUCAGGCCCCAAGUCCAGAAUCUAAAUACCCCAGGUGUCAAUAACCAGACACUGACAUAGGGCAUAAACUAGAGGUAGGACUGCACAGUCAGGACCAAAAACAGAACAGGGAUAUGAAUGACAUGAGCAGCAAUCCUCAUGAAGUGAACUAUUCUUAAUCAUAUCACAAACAACCAGGCUGGCUACAUAUUCAUAUCCUAGAUUGAUGGCUGUGUCAAAUAGAGGUCCCCAAACAUCUAGGCCUUGUAACUUGUAUCCUGUAACUUUAAAUUCAUUAUUCCUAGGUGUGGAAGGAUUUCUUUUUUUUAUUGGUUGAUGUCGGUAAAGCUCAGUUUCCCUGUACACUCCCAAACUGACAACAAAAAUAUUUUCAGCGAUAACAAUAGAAAUGUACAGACAGGCAAUGUAAGAAAGAUGCUGCUUGAGAACUUACUGUGGUUUAGAAUGUUGAAUGAGGCUUGUUACAAAUGGACUAGCGUAUGAAUAGUGAGCAGGUGUGAUUUAUUGAUUUAAGGAUAUUUAAUUUGUAUGAUUUUGACAAUUUGUGUUUUAACAGUUUGUAAAGCUUUGCCUUUUUGAAUAUCAGUGUCUAUUGUCCUUAGUCUGCGCCCCCCCCCCAUAUCCCACAAUUGAAAAUUUAAACGGAUAAAAAUCUAAAAAAAAAUGCUUAAAAAUAAACAUUGAUAUCAAUCAAAAUUAUAAAAAAGUUAAAUUCUGCCAAGAGUAAUUAUUUUCCAGUUUAAUUUCUCUCACUUGACUUAGUUACAUGCCACUUUGUGUCCCAGCCAGCAAUCACACCAAAAUGUCACUGAUUUGUUAAGUAACCAAAAUAAACAAAUCCUGGACACUUUAGAGUCUUUAAAUCGGGAUUUGACAUCUUUUUAAGAGGAGAGAGGUUUUGUCUGGUUAAACCACAAGUUAUUGGCCCUGAUACAGGAAUCGCAGCAUGAAAUUCUAUGGCCACGUUAUGCAAGAGGUUAGAUUAGAUUAUCAUAGCGGUCCUUCUGGUGUUAAAAUCUGUGAACUUCCUUUACAUCACCUCCAUUUGACAAAUGAGGAGAAGGUGGCAUGUUGAGGAGAAAUGGCCCACACAGCAAGUCAAGAGCAGAGCUAGGAACAGAAACCAGGAGUCCUGAUUCCCUGUCACCAAGCCAAUAUCUAUGUUAAAUUCAACAUUACCUUUGAAAAAGAGGAGAUAAAAGUCUGUGAUUGUCAGUCUAGUAUUUCUGACAUCUUUAUGGGGAAACUGGAGACUUGCAGCUUGUGUGGGAGGUUUUCUUCAUGUGUCUAUCUCUGCAGCUGGAAUGGGUCUGAUGACUAAAUUCAUUGACACAGUACUGUGGAACAGCUCAGGUACUGUCAGAGAUCCCCUGGGCUAAAUCCCAACCUUUUAUCCAAAUUAAAUAACAUUCCUGGUCAGCCUCAACAAUGCACGUGAAGCUGAUCAAAUCAAGUAAAUGAAUAUUUUACAUUUCUGUGGAACUUUUCAGUUUCAGAUAUUUAGAAGUGACUGGCAACAGCUGUUUGGUGUGUGGAAACACUGUGCAACCUAACUAUCGUGGCUGCUGCUACAAUACCAGCAGGAAUAGCUGGGAAUACCCUGCUCUGAAAUACAGCCACCCUGCUGUGAGUCAGGAAUCUGGGACAUGGAUCAACAGAGAGAAUUUUGGACCAAGGACUUCAGAGCAAAAACCCUACUUAUGAAAAGUGCCAUGGAAUCCUUAAUACAUUCAUAGAACAAACAGAAUAUUGGCACUCAAGGUCUCAUCUAAAAGACCUUCAUGCAGUAAACUGCAUGGAGCUCAUCAGUUUAUUGACCUUGGUUGGAAGGAUGAAGAGCUAGGGGAACCCUGCUGGAAUCUGAAGCUGUGAUUUCAUAGAAUCUGAGUGUCUGGAGGCUCCUGGUUAGCAGUUGCAAAAACUGCUUUAGCUAAGAAAACCUAUCAUUUCCUACCAAAAACUCUUUGGUGAGAGGCUGGAAUAUUUUAAGCCAUGCAAAUCAGAAUUCUGCUUCGUUAGAACGGAGUUCCAGCUUGUUGCUUUUAAAGGAAUAUGUUCCAAGGGAAGUCUUGUCUCGAAAGGAAGGUUUGGAAAGAAGAUGUAAUGGAACAAAUAAAUUGUUUCAGUUCCAUUCUCUUCUGAGCCCCAGAUCCCUGCCACGUACUGAAUGGCCAGCAGAAAGGGAUAUCACUCCAUUCCCCUUUGUGUAGGAUGGCAGGCAUGGAAAUCUCAUUUUGCGGUUAAGUUUUGACAUCAGGAUUAAAAAGAGUUUAAUCGGGUUAAUUUCACUUCACCAGGUGACUGCUGCGUGGGUGGGACGCAGCACGCACUGGGUUCUCUUGAAAACACUUCAGGCUUCUACUGGGCCUGGAGUAACUAUGAUGUGCUCAACAACAGCUUACACCCAGUGCUUAAAAAUACCACCAAUGGUAUUGCUCCUUCCUCUUUCUAAAAAGUGUCACAACAUCUUGGACAGCUGCUUGUGAGAUGGACACCAGCUGGAAGACGGGACCUCAGCCUAAAUUCUCCGAAGCAGAGCAUCUCUCUGGAGCACCCAUUGUGCUAUGCUGCAACACAGCUGUUCUUAAACGGUGGCCCCUGGACCAAUUGAUACUGAAGUUAGAAAAAACCCCAACCCGAAUUUCAAAUUCCCCUCUCUAACAUCGAAUUCAAAGCCAGACCUCCAUGGGCUUCCAAGAAGUCUUGGGCCGCCUCUUCUCUCUUUCCGUUCUGUGAACCUACCUUAGGCUAGUGGCCGACGUGGCCCUGCGGGCCGUGAGUUGCCAUGAACGCGCAUCCCCGUCGCAUCCGCCUGAAGCCCUGGCUCAUCGCCCAAGUGAACAGCAACCAGUACCCAGGCCUGCAGUGGGUGAACCCCGAGCGCAAGCUCUUCUGCAUCCCCUGGCGCCACGCCACCCGGCACGUCCCCACACAGGACGACGAGAACACCGUUUUCAAGGCCUGGGCCAAGGAGACUGGCAAGUACAAUGAAGGUGUAGAUGAGCCGGACCCAGCCAAGUGGAAAGCCAACCUGCGCUGUGCCCUCAACAAGAGCCGCGAGUUCAAGCUGAUCUACGACGGCACAAAGGACACGCCCAUGCAGCCCUACAAGAUCUACGAGGUGUGCGAGGGCCACCAGCCCAACGGAGACUCGCUGGCCGGGGAGGAUCACACCUGCUGCCUGGGAGAGGAGGAUGAGGAGCUGCAGAAAAUGACGACGCUGACGAUAGUGGAUGGCAGCCAGGGCGUGGAGCCGCUCCCCUCCUACGUGUGGCCGAAGCAGGAAGUCCAGUAUCCCAGCGCCUGCGGGAACGGGUCCUUCCCCCCGCUGGGCACCCAGGAACUCCUCCACCCGGACGUGUCGGCACCUCCGCCUCCCACUGUCGGUGCCUUCACCGCCGGGGAGCUGCCGGCCCAGAACCCUACCGGGAGCAUGCCGCUGGGGGGGCCGGGCAGCCUGCAGAACCUGCCCCCCGCGGACGUGUCUCUGCAGCCCAUGGAACAGUUCAUCCCCGACCUGCUCAUCAGCCCGCACAUGCUGCCAUUGACCGACCUGGAGAUCAAGUUCCACUACCGCGGCCGGCAGGCCAGCUCCCUGACCGUCAGCAACCCCCACGGGUGCCGGCUGUUCCACAGCAGCCUGGAGCCCACGCACGAGCAGGUGGCGCUGUUCGGGCCCGUGACGCUGGAGCAGGUGCGCUUCCCCAGCACCGAGCACAUCCCCCACGAGAAGCAGCGCUUCUACACCCACCAGCUGCUGGACGCCAUGGACCGGGGCCUGAUCCUGGAGCUGCAGGGACAGGACAUCUACGCCGUCCGGCUGUGUCAGUGUAAGGUCUUCUGGACGGGGCCCUGCGCCGGCGAGCGGGCCGGCCCCAACCCCAUCGAGCGCGAGAGGAAGAUCAAACUCUUCAGCCUGGAGAGCUUCCUCAACGGGCUCAUCCUGUUCCAGAAGGGGCAGACCAGCACGCCGCCCCCCUUCGAAAUCUUCCUCUGCUUCGGAGAGGAGUGGCCGGACCAGAAGCCGAAGGAGAAGAAACUUAUCACUGUCCAGGUCGUGCCAGUGGCCGCCCGCAUCCUGCUGGAGAUGUUCUCUGGGGAGCUCUCCUGGUCGGCGGACAGCAUCCGCCUGCAGAUCUCCCAUCCGGACCUGAAAGACAAGAUGGUGGAGCAGUUCAAGGAGCUGCAUCAGCUCUGGCAAAACCAGCAGAGCCUGCAGGCCCCCCCGGCCUCGACCCUGGAGCCAGGCCCGGGCCCUUGGGCAAUGCAGGCCAGCAGCAUGCAGCAGUGAGGACGUGGGCACGUCGCAGACACUCACCCGCUUCCCCUCCCUCCUGAGGGGCGCCCGUGUGAGCCUGGCCGUGCACGCCAGCCCCGAGGAGGGGGAGACGAGGCAAACUGAUCUCCACUGCUUCAGCUACAGGGCGAUGCUCCGCCGGAUCCGUCAGCGCAGGCUGCCCCCCAACCUCCCAGCUACAAGCUGUGGCCCCCAAAGGGGCCGGGGGGAGGGGGCUCUUCCUGCAUGGGAUGGGUGGAGGCCGGCCCACACCAUCGCCUGCUGGGAAUACGCUAGGCUGCGGGCCAGGACCCACCUUGCCAGAGCACUGCAGGGCCAGGCAAUGCCUGCCAUGGAGGAAAGAGACUGAGUUAGACCCACAGCCCUGGGCAUUUAUGGGAACUGCCUGGGGGGUGGGCAGCAGGUGCUGGGGCCUGCUGAAAGGACAGGCCCGGCCGUUGGGCCUGAUCCAGCCCGCGGGCGCGGCUGAGCCAGAGGUGAUGCUGCAUUCACAGUGUCCGGGAGCUGGCGUCACGGCCCCGGGAGCUGGCCUGGCACAGAGAUGCGGCAAGGGAAGUGCUCAGCUGUUAAUAAAAGCAACCACUUGCCUGCGUG